AUGUUCUCGACGUUCGCCACGCAGACAGGCAAGCGCCCGCGCUUCGACGCCGAGAGCAUGAAGGCGUCCUAUGGCUACGGCGCCAUGAACCGCAGCACCUUCCUCAUCUACGUGCUCAUGACGAUCGCGCGCAUCGAGAAGGCGAUGAACAGCUUGCCUUCCGCGGCGACGACGGUGGCCGCCCAAGCCGCCUUGAGCUCGGCGCUCCACGGUGUCAAGGGGCCUCUUACCGCAGCCCCCGAAGACGAGCUCGGUCGCGCCAUCUCGGCUGACGGCGGCCUCGUGGUGGUUGCGACGGUCGCGUCGCCCGACCGCUACUCGGCCGACAAGGUGGCGGACCUCUCCGGCUCAGCAGAGUUCUUGCACACGUACGUGGUCUCGGACGUGUCGAUCAAGGUCACCGACGUCACAUCGUCGGCCAGCGUGACCGUGCUCGACGGCUCUCUCUGGUGCGUGCUGCUGCGCCACGUCGACAAGCAGAACGUCUCGGCGGCCGAGCUGCGCGAGGCCUUCAACGCCGUCGCCCGCGACUGCGACAACUUUGUCGUCAAAGACAAUUUUUCGCACAAGACGCACCCGAUGGGCGCUGCGGGAUCUGCGCACAAUGCACUGAAGCGCAAAUAUGACGAUGUCGUGAAGGAGCGCGAUGCUGCAGUCCAGGAGCGCGAUGCGUUGAUUCAAGCCAUGAAAGACAUGAAGGCUGCAUUGGCGGCGAGCCAGCACAUGGAAGCAGAGGCCAAGAAUGCGGCCGAGCGCUUCAAGACCGACAACGACAUGCAGCGCUAGCACCGCUUCACUACCGACACGUAUUCUUAAAAUGCCACCAGGAAGGUAUCACGUAGCGUAACAUCCAAGAUGAAUAACAACAUCAUUG